CAUUAUUUCUUAUUUGGGAAUUGGGAUGUGAAAUGUUAUAGGUUAUUUUAGAAUAUAAUUAUAAAUUAGAAUUUGUAAUUGGUAUUUGGUAAAAAUUGAACUUCGUCAACUAUACAAUGUACCCCAGAAUUAUAAGAAAUUCAUUGAAAAAUGGAACAAUUCUAUAUCGUUGUAACUCUGCAGCAACACAACCUGUUGAAAAUGUUGAUAAAAAACCGGAAGGUGCUGUUUUCAAUAAACAAAAUCCAUUAGAUCACCCAGAUUUCUUUCAAGUACACAAUUUAUUUACAGUUAAAGAUCUAUUUGAUGCAAGAGUGCACUUUGGUCAUAAAGAAGGUUCUCUCAAUGAACUGAUGGCACCUUAUGUUUAUGGUUCAAGACAGGGACAUCUCAUAUUUGAUUUAGACAUUACAGCUGAACAUUUGCGCAAGGCACUUAACUUCACUGCACACAUAGCAUAUAGGGGAGGAAUUAUAUGUUUCUUCAACAGAAAUGCUAUGAAUGCUCAUAUUGUUGAAAAAACUGCAUUAGAGUGUGGGGAAUACGCUCAUACAAGGUUUUGGAAAGGAGGUAUAUUUACAAAUGCAAAUCAUCAGUUUGGUGCAAUCACAAGAUUACCUGACUUAUGUAUAUUCCUGAAAACACAAAAUAAUAUAUUAAAUCAGCAUACAGCUGUGAGAGAUAGUGCUAAAAUGCUUAUACCAACUAUUGGAAUAGUAGAUACAAAUUGCAACCCCAAUUUAAUAACCUAUCCUGUACCGGGAAAUGACGACACCCCUGUUGCAAUUGAAUUCUACUGCAAAAUGUUCAAAGCUGCCAUUCAAAGGGGCAAAGAAGCAAGGAUGAAAUUUAUGCAAGAGAAUGAUCAAAAUGAAACAAUACAAUAGUUUAUUAUUUAUUAUACAAUACCGAUUAUGUUCAUACAAAUUAGUCUAAGGUAAAAUAGGUGACAAUAUAUUUGUUCUAAAAAUA